AUGGUUAAAUUAUUAAAGUGGCUUAAAAGGAAUCUUAAGGGUAAUGUUAAAGAAACACUAGAAGAAACGAUCAAACAUUUGAUAACAUUAAAACCUCCAAAAUGUAAUAGUGAGGCGUUGAAGUCUUCCUUACAAAAUCUGAUGAAAAUGAUAAAGCGAUAUAUAAAGAAUACGAAUCAAACACAAACACAAACACAAAAUUCAAAUGGUACAGUAAAAGAAGUACAAGUAGUUCCUAUAAAUAAUAAAGAAUUGCAGAAAAGUGAUGAAGAACAAGCAGUCUCUACAAGAAUCGAAAUAGAUAUACAAAGUUGGGAAGUAAAAGAAGAAGAGGGAAGUUUUAGUUUAUCCAUCAUUUUCACAAAUUCCGCAAAAGUUCUUGUUCUCGCCAUCUAA